AUGAAAUGGGAGAUUGUAUUGUGUGAGAAUUUUAGGCCAAAAUGGAUUUUUUUUGCUAAAGCACACGUUUUAAAAAAGAAAGACAGUAAGGCAGAAGAAUUAACGAAGAAAAAUCUAAAAGCCAUGUUGCAGGGCUACAGAAAAAGCGAUAAUGAACUUAUUAAGAAGAGUGCAAGCGGUGAUAUUGGUAUUUAUACUAGUUACGACGUGUCCAAUGUGAGUGAUGUUGAAGAAAUUGUAAUUUCUGGUAGUGAAGCAGAUACUAGUCAAUCAAAGUCUUCUGAAGCCGAUAGCACAUCACCUAGUAAAAUUUCUGCUAGUAAUCGAUAUAUUAACAAUGAAAUUGAAACAAAAUCUGAAGAUACAGAGAGCCAGAAAUCUAGUGCCUCUGGUAAAUCAAGUGAUGAAGUAGUUGUGAGAGAAUCACGAAGUAAUGAAUCUAUAUCGGAGUGUGAUGAGGAAAUACAAUCUUUGUCUGACGAAGCUGAAAGUGUAGAAUCUGACUCAAGUGAGGAAAUACCACUUCUAAUAAAAUUAGAUGAAACAACAACAGAAGCUGUGUCAACAGAUUCAGAAGAAUUUGAUCCAGAAGGAAUUUUAGCAUCAAAAAUACUUGAGAAAUUGGGUAAAACCAAAGUUGAAUCUAGUCAUAAAGGAAAGAAGAGGAAACUCGAGAAUGUUCCAAAAAAUAGUAAAUCUAAGAAAAAUCUUAAAGAAACCACACCAGUUGCUGAAAUUGAUAAUGUUGAUGAAAUGAAAGCUUUGAGUAUAGUCACUGAUGAUGACAACACCACAUCAACAACUGAUUCUGCACCAUAUGUGUCAGUAUCAGUGGAUUAUAUGCCUGACCAGAGUUUCUCUGAUGUUAUGAGAGAACACUUUAAACCCUUAGUUGACGCAGGUAGCCGUUUCCCUCCAACAAUAACAGACUCGGACAAUGCUCCAGUGGUUGACAAUGAUUAUAGAUUGUUUUUGGUCAGUGAUGAAGAUGAAAAAGAGGGGCAGCAGAUUGACGAAAAUGCAGAUUGUAACCAAGAAGGAACACAAGAACAAGAUCAAGACGAAAACAUGGCGGUCACUAAUGAUCCAUAUGCUGUAGAGAGACCAUCAUCGAAAGAGAAUUUUGUUAGUCCUGUAAAAGUUUAUAAUACACAAAAUGGUUAUGUGUGUGUGCUGAGGCAUCCUACCAGUUUGUACAUAAAUGGGAAAGUAAGAGUUAAGUUAUUAACAGGACCAGUUGAAGUUCUUGGUCACAGACUGAAAGAAGGCCAAAAACUGAAGCUGUAUGCUCCUAAUAACAGCCAUUCUAUGUGCUUCUCCACCUUUACAAGCGAAACAUCUUCUUAUGGACUAUUUGGCAAGCUGACAGCUGCAGGGUUAGCGGUAUCUGAAGCUGAGGACAUAGUGACAUCCUUG